AUGUCUAUGUUGUUUCCGGGUUAUAGGGGCCCUGUUGUCGUUUUAGCAAUGGUAUUGGCGAAUGACAAUGGGCCUCAUCCCUAUAAACUCAUUACUAUUGGCAGAGAAAUUGACCAGUCCUAUCAUACGCUCAACAGGAAUGGCGAAAUAGUACCAAUUUCUUCGGUUGAUAAAAGCCCUAUGCAAGUGGCUAUUAAACAAUUUGAAGUUAUUGAAAAUUAUGACUUCAGUUGCGGAUUCCGUAGUAUAGGCUUCAUUCGAACCAGAAAGGAUGAACUAGCAGAGAGUAUAAGGGAGAAAACUAUACUCCUAUACCGUUAUAUUCUGCGCCAGGAUCAUUGGCAGUAUCUGCCGGAACUUCAGUUUGGGCAGUCUAAUUCUGAAAUUAAUGAUGUACAAUUGUUAGAAAAUUUUAUCAAAAAACGAACGGAGACUAAUUCUCAAAUCCAUAUAUUUAAAUUGGGUUUCUUUGCCUAUCCUGGCCGUUUAGAGGAUUUUAAUAGUAAUAGAGGUCCUCCAAAAUUUAUAGCAACAAAACCACUUAUUCAAGAACGAAGUCCUCAACUUUUCAUAUGUGAUAUUUGUCCUGAAUCUUGUCUAAUGUCUCAAGGUUGCGAAAUUAUGAUCACAGCUAACGAUGCAAAAGGACUUGAUAUGGCCAAUUAUGAUAUCAUUAUUAACUAUCAUCACGAACUGCGAACAGAUAUCAGUACUGGUAUAUACCGAGAAUAUCCGGUACCCUUAGGAAGAAGCGAAGCUAGAAGCUAUGUUCAGUUCAUUGCAGACGCGCGCUGUCUAGUGUUUGAAAUGCCUCCUUAUAUAAGUUAUGAUCAGAACCAAGUUCCUCAGUCAUAUCCAAUUGAAGUAAUGACGACAGUACAUUUAUCACGAAAAGGUUCAAGAAAUAUCUCGGAAGGAAAAGAGUUUUACUACCGCAGUUGA